GCCACCCCCCUGUUCAUUUUCUUUUAAAGACGGAAGGGGUGAACUAACUUACCUUUCUGCUAUGUUUCUGCCUACUGCCUACGACAAGAACAAAGUGUGAUUAAUAGUCAAUUGUUAGAGAGUGUGAUUGUCGUGGAGCUGUAGCCUACAAAUAAUGUCUUCGCAAGUAUACGAUUGCAUUGUGAUUGGAGCAGGCAUCCAAGGAUCGUGUACAGCGUACUAUCACGCGAAGAAUAACAAGAAAACGCUUCUUCUCGAACAGUUUCUCUUGCCUCACUCUCGUGGAAGCUCCCAUGGGCAGACACGAAUCAUCAGGAAGGCCUAUGAGCAGGACUUCUACCUCCGUAUGAUGGAGGAGUCUUACAAACUGUGGGCUGAGCUGGAGAAAGAAGCAGGCGUGCAACUCUACAGAUGCACAGGCCUCCUGGUCAUGGGUCCAGAGGACGGUCAGUACUAUUCGGCCGUCAAGGGCGUGCUGCAGCGGAACAAAGUCCCCUGGGUGAUGCUGAAGAGGGAAGAGUUCAGCCAGCACAUCCCCAACUUCAACCUGGUCAGCGGCGAGAACGCGCUCGUGGACACCAGCGCAGGGGUGCUGUACGCCGACAAAGCCCUCGCCGCCCUUCAGAGGCUGUUUCAGUCGCAUGGCGGGGUGAUAAAAGAUGGGAGCAAAGUAACUGGCAUCAAGCCAGGCCCGGUGGUCACGGUGUCAACAACCACCGGGGCAUAUCAGGCCAAGAGUCUGGUGAUCACAGUGGGACCGUGGGCUAACACGCUGCUCUCCCACAUCGGCCUGGGCCUGCCUCUGAAGGUGGAGAAGAUAAACGUGUGCUACUGGCGGGAGAAGGUUCCGGGCUCUUAUGGCAUCCACAAUCGCUUCCCUUGCUUCAGCCGGCAGGACGGCCCGGAGGUGGACCAGAUCAUCUACGGCCUGCCGUCCAACGAGUACCCGGGCCUGAUGAAGGUGUGCUACCACGUGGGCAAGGACGCGGAUCCAGACGCGCGGGACACUCAGACGGACCAGAGUGACAUCCAGAUCUUGCAGCGCUUCGUCGCCCGCUGCUUGCCAGGCCUGGUGCCCGUGCCCGCCGUGGUGGAGAGCUGCCUCUAUACCUUGACGCCUGAUAACCACUUUGUCCUGGAUCGUCACCCCACGUACAGGAAUAUCAUCGUUGGUGCUGGAUUCUCAGGUCAUGGCUUUAAGUUCGGCCCGGUCAUCGGCAAGAUCCUGUACGAGCUGAGCACGGGCCAGGUGCCCUCCCACGACCUCUCCACGUUCAAGAUCAACCGCUUCCAGAACCCCAAGUCUGCACUGUAGACCCACUGUCUGUCACUCUCCAAGAGACCACUGCUGUGUCCUAAUAGGUACAUAAAGCGUCAUGAAUGUGGGGUUGAAUCAGGAGACUUUAAUGCUGAUCCAAGUGUCCGUCAUGCUGAGAGGAGAUCACUACUGUCAAUUUAGCUUCUGAAUCAGGUUUUUUUUCUGCUGGCAAUGGAGCCUGUUAGUUGGCUCAAAUGGUGUACAUUCACACGUCCCCAUGUUGAGUCCAGUCAUCAAAUGACAAAGGGCAUUUAAGCGUUUAAGCAUUUUCUGUAGGGCUGAACGAUUAUUAGGUCUUUGUCUUCUGUAUUAUUCAACAAAAACAAGCAAUAAAUCAUGUAGUAUUGCCAAUUAUAUUAGAUUAAAGAUAAACUGUUCUUUCCUGGAAGCCAGACCUCUGUUAUAAUGACAUGAGGUGAUACAUUCAAUUAAUGAAUGACAUUUUUAUUUAACUACUUCGAUUAGUAUAUUUGAAUUUAUAGCAUAACUUAUAGCAUAACUUAUAGAAGUAGCAUAGUUGGCUAGCUCAUCAUACUGGUUGGACUGUUCAGUUUCCCGUGUGUUUCAAGGCAUUGAAGUUGGAAAACAUUGGUAUGGAGAUGAUCAGUCAACUUGAAUGAGUGUUAAUGAAAUGUCUAGCAUACUGCUAACCGAAUUUUAUAAUAAUUUAGCUAAUCGUCCUCUAUGUGUCUCUACUUUCCUGAUUGUGAAUGUUUUAUCUGGAUUAAAUGUGCAUGUCGAGGAGUGGGUGUCCAUUGAGCGCCCACGAGUGAGAGAGAGCCAAGGAGAGGGGGUUUACUUUUAUACUGUGAAGUUGCACGCAUAGUCUACAAUGAAAGACUUGCGAAAGAAAUGUAGCCUAGAGUAUGCUUUCACCCAAGCAGUGUCAGGUGCACCAGUACCUAGAAUUUCUUUUCGGUCGCAAUCUUAAACAUUUUGGUGGCAUGGUUUUAUCGAGCCUGAGGCCAUUGUGCACAGCUUGCGGAGUUCACUCUCUGGUAGACUGUUUCAAAUCUUUGCUACUUUAUGCUCCCGUCAUGCGACCAGAGAGUAAUCGCUGCCGUUGCGGUUAGAAAUCGCACUUGAUCAUCAUAUCGCAAUAUUAUUGCAAAUGCAAUAUAUCGUUCAGCCCUAAUUCUCUGUGAUUUUUUUUUUUUUUUUUUAUCAAACUCUCUUUUGCACAAAACAUGAAAUGCACUUUUUUGUCAUACAUGUACAAUGCCAAUAAAGACAUUUUAUUUUGCUGUAUUCUAUGUUGCUUUCCUGACAUGGCACUACACGCACAUGCCCUGCCUUGAGGUUGUGUGUGUGUGUGUGUGUGUGUGAAAAUAAAGAGCGCUGUUAAAAAGUCA